AACAACAGCAACAACAACAACAACAAUUUUCAACACAAGUGUGCCCUCGAUCCAGGAUCUUUGAAUGAAUGUGUUUUUUAAAUGUGAAAAAAAAUAUUCAAUAUAGUAUGAUAUAAUUUGUUGUCUUCAAAUAAUGGUAAUACGUACCAUCAUCAUCAUCCUUAAACGAAGAAACAAACAAAUCCUCUUCAAAUGGUCGUAACAUAUCCUUUUACUUAAAGUUUGAAACAAAUUUUGACCCAAAUUUCUUUCAAACAUUUUGUUUUUGGUUCGUUGCACUUGAAUGAACGUAAAAAAAAAAAUUUUUCAUUUCUUGGGUUUGGUUUUCGUCCAAUUUUCGAAACAAUUCAAUUGAAAAUUUUGUCUAUUCGAAUUUCACUACUCAACGAAUACCACAACGUUCAUAUCAUGUCAAGAUAAACAUUACAAAAAUCGCCUAAGAAGAUUUUGACGAAGAAAUCUCAAUUUCAUUUUUUUUUUUGGUCAUUAAGAUCUAAACAUAAGUCAAAAACAAACGAUAUGUCCAUCAUCUAUGUUUAAUUGGUGAAAAUACCGAGCAAAGAAAAUCAUAUCAUCAUCAUUAGCAAAUGUCCACAACGACAACAACUAGUUGCAAAUAUAUUGCCAUUGGCAUACAAAUAUUCAUCAUAAUCAUUAGUCUGCUGAUAUUGAUUUCAAUUUAUAUUUAUUCCAAUAAUCAUUUGUUGGAUGAUGGUGAUUUUAAUAAUUAUCACUCGACAAUUACAACGAAUAAUUUAAACGAUUAUCAAUCAUUCAAUAUUGGUGAUAAUAAUCGUACUGUUGUAUCCACAACAUCGGCGAAUGACAAUCAUGAUCCUAUGCCAAUUGGUGGUGAUGGUGGUGGUAACCUAAUCAAUUGGAUUGGUCAAUCGAUAAUCAUAUCAAACGAUCAACAAGAAGAAAUUCCAUCAUCAUCAUCAUCGAUAUUUUUCAUUGCUGGACGUCCAUUAAUAGUCACAUGUUUUUUAGCCUAUGUAUUAGCUAUACUCGGUUCAGUGGCCAUUGGUCUUGAACAUCAAACACUAUUAUUAUUAUUGACCAUCGUUUUUGCCGCCAUCUUUAUUUGUUCAUUAACGGUGUUGGUUUUUUCAUUCCUAACCACUAUCACAUUAACCAUUGAUGGUGAUUCUUCUAGUGAUUCAAAUUUCAGAUUGAAUUUUUGGAAUUCAUUACUCAUAUUAAUUGUUUCAAUUUCUGGACUUGAGUUCUACACCAUUACAUAUCUAAUUUGUUUCAUAUAUUUUGAACGAAGAACCGAAAAAUCAUAUGAAUAUUCAUUGGCAAAAAUAGUUAAUGAUUUAUAAAUCGAUCGACCGUUCGAUUGAUUGACAAAAUAAUGAUGACUUUGGCCACAUCGAUACAUAAUGAUUCAUCAUCAUAUCAAACCAUAUGU